UUCGAUUUUGACAGUUCAUUUUUUAGCCCAAAAUCAUAGUCAACGCAAUGAGGCAGUAUUUAAAAUAUUUCUGGAAUGGCAACAUUAUUGCUCUCGCCGAUCAUGCAGUGGAGGCUCUGCUGGCGCACAGUGGUGAAGAUGAGUUGGAUCAUGGUUUUGGAAAAUCGUAUAAGUGGAAGAAUUUACAGAGAGGAUUUGAAGAGGCUAAGCAAUCGGGAAAAGCCAUUUUUUUGAUUAUUCACACGACAACGUGUCCGGCUUGCAUUAAAUUGAGAGAAAAGUUCAGUAAAUCGGUUAAAUUGAUUGAUAUGAGCCAACAUUUCGUGAUGAUCAACAUCGAAAAUAGUUCCAAUCUUAUCCAAUCUGAAAAGUUCACCCCCGACGGUAAGUAUGUGCCGCGGAUUCUCUUCUUCAAACCAACCGGUGAAUUUAUUAAAAAUGCAUACAAUCGUCAUCCCGAUGGAGACCAAGCGCAUCGCUACUUCUACAGUUCACCAAUCCAAAUAGUCCAAGUAAUGCAACAAGUUAUCGACAACUUGGGUUGAAACGUUCUCCUGGAGCCACCAUUGGAUACCACCUAUCGCUGCCAAGAGGGCAAAGAAAUCAUAGGAUAGAGUCGAGAAUUAAAAGAAUGGAAAAUAAAAAAUGGAGAAAUGCAAAGAUAAUAGAUUUGA